AUACGGGCGUGUCUGGAUCGGAUUGCACCACGUCGGGAGGCUGCAACACGUAGUGGCCGUUCAUGCCGGGCACCCUAGAGCCGCACACGAAGAACUCGUCACUGUCCAGAAGGUUGGUCGAUGCGAGCACGGGACUCACUGCGUUCUGGAGCUUCGCCAGCUCAUCUGAACUUAACAUACCAGAUUGUGGAGCUUCUUGGGGCUCCGGUGAGACCACGGUGGUGACUAGAGACAGGAACACGUAUAGCUUCAUGAUGUGAGAAGCUUGUCAAAUGACACGUCGCUUAAGAUCGCGGCUGACGGCUCGUCAUGUUCCACUUCAAGUUACGUCGUUACAAGAACCGUAACCAUUCUCGUUCCGUGCGUACGUGAAUUCAGCCAACAUGGCUCGACAAGGCUCGCAGGAGAGCACAAGCUCCAAGACGGACAAGGGGGGUCAAUCUGAGGCUGGCGGGUUGAUGGCGGUGGAUGUUGUGUUCAAAUCUGUCGACAAGAACAACGUGCAGCGACUACGCGAGCUCAACCUGCAGCUCUUCCCUGUGCGGUACAACCUUGCGUUCUACAAGGAGGUAGUGAGCUCUCCACUGGGAUAUGCUCAACUAGCAUGCGUCGGAGGUUAUGCUGUCGGAGCUAUCUGCUGUCGACGAGAACCAGUGAAAGAUGGACCGGACGGGUUAGAACGCACGUACAUCAUGACGCUCGGAGUUCUAGAAAGUUAUCGCCGUGCUAAAAUCGGUAGUCGUCUGCUUGAAGGAGUCAUCGCACAGUCCGUUCGGGACAGCGUGGUGCAGAUCUACCUCCAUGUCCAGACCAACAACACCCCAGCACUGCGUUUCUAUCGUUCACACGGCUUCGAGGCCACUCAGAUCCUGCGCAACUACUACAAACACAUUGAACCGCCGGACUGCUACGUGCUGCGCAGACAACUCACCCCAUAGACUCCAUGGAUUUCUAAAUCUUAAUCUAGGCAUUCCUCGAUCCCUAAGCUGCAGUCUCAACCUCAACCUUUCUCCGCUUCGGAUCGUCCUGCUUCGACGUCUGGCGCUCCGAGCUGAACGCGAUAGACUCAGGCAGUUGGAAGGAAAUGCAGACCAUGACCUUCUUAGGCGCCACAUCACGCACAAGAUGGAACAACGUCCGCUCCGGGUCGAGUUCUCCGCCCAUAAUCUUCUCAGCACGCUACAAAAACGAAAGAUUUCACGUAAGUACAAUAUUUUCUGUACGAC